ACUGUUUGUAAAUAACAAUUUCAGCUCAGCUGACAACACAGUUCAUCAGUUCUGCUCCGGGCUGUCUGCUUUAUCUAUCAAUCUGAGGACAAGCAAAAUCCAAACUAUUAAUUUUAAAGUUUGAAAAGCUGUUAUUUUUAACCAUGAACAUAUCUAAAGUUUUGAGACCAAAUGGUUUACUGAAAGUUCCUUUAAGAUUGCUAUCUUCUGCUGCGGAACCUCAGGCUGCUACCAAAAAUAAUGGAGGAUUUUGCUUUGAACUCAGUCCUGAACAAAAGGAAAUCCAGCAGAUGGCUCGAAAAUUUGCAAGAGAAGAAAUCUUGCCAAAGGCUGCUGAGUUAGAUAAAAAGGGUGAGUAUCCUAAAGAAAUCAUUAGAAAAGCCUGGGAGCUUGGUUUGGUGAACAGCUCAGUCCCAACAAAGUAUGGUGGGACUGGUCUAAAUGUGUUUGAUGGCUGCCUUGUAGCUGAAGAACUUGCCUAUGCAUGCACAGGUGUAGCAACAGCUAUUGAAGCCAAUGGAUUAGCUCAAGCUCCACUUCUUUUGGCUGGAAAUGAAGAACAGAAGAAAGAGUAUUUGGGGCGAGUAGUAAAAGAAAAUUUGAUGUGUGCGUACUGUGUUACCGAGCCUGGAGCUGGAUCUGAUGUUGCAGGCAUCAAAACCAGAGCAGAGAAAAAAGGAGAUAAGUACAUCAUCAAUGGGCAGAAGAUGUGGAUCACUAAUGGAGGUGUCGCAAACUGGUAUUUCGUCUUGGCGCGCACCAACCCGGACCCCAAGGUCUCUGCGGGUAAGGCAUUCACGGGAUUUGUUGUGGAUGCAGACACCAAAGGUAUUACAAAGGGACGCAAGGAAUGGAACAUGGGACAAAGAGCAUCCAACACUUGCGGCGUCACCUUCGAGGAUGUUGAGGUGCCGGCAAAGAACGUGCUGGGGGCUGAAGGCGUAGGCUUCAAGAUAGCCAUGGGAGCCUUUGAUAAGACAAGACCUCCGGUUGCAGCUUCUGCAGUUGGAUUGGCCCAGAGAGCCUUUGAUGAAGCUACAAAAUACAGUUUGGAGAGGAAGACCUUUGGAAUCAAAAUUGCUGAUCACCAAGCUGUGCAGUUUAUGCUGGCUGAAAUGGCUAUUGGAAUCGAAACAGCCCGACUGGCUUGGAUGAGGUCUGCUUGGCAAAGGGACAAUGGUCAACGUAACACUUAUUUUGCAUCGAUUGCCAAGGCUCUGGCUGGAGAUGUUGCUAAUAAAUGUGCUACAGAUGCUGUUCAGAUAUUUGGUGGCAAUGGUUUCAACAGUGAAUAUCCUGUUGAGAAACUAAUGAGAGAUGCCAAGAUAUUUCAGAUCUAUGAAGGCACAGCCCAGAUCCAAAGGAUCAUCAUUGCAAGAGAGCACUUCAAUGCAUUCAAAGAAUUUAAUGCAUAAAGACUUCUUUAAUCUGUUGUAUUGAAAACUGUAAAAUUUCUUACUUAAUGCCAUUUCUUCUUGUGUGAAAAUGAUUUUAUAUAUCAUACUGUAUAUUGAAAAAAAAAAAUGUUGAUAUUGAAAUAUCUUUAAUUUGUGCCUUAAUAAAGUUUCUAAUGAAAA